UGACGUCGCGUCGACAGGUACGCUGGCUCGCGGGCAACAGUCGUCAGUCGAGAGUUGGAGCUGGGUCUGAUUGGACCCGUACAGCUGCUGACAAGGUUCCCCGAGCAAGACGAAACACUUUCACCGGAAUGAUGAGAAGAACGAUCCUCGUUUUCACGGCGCUUGUCGCAUUAGCCGGCGCAACUGUAGUCGAUCAUUGCGACUCUGGAACUCCAUUCGAGGAUCCUGAGCAAAUUAAGGUAUCCGAUUGCGAUCAACCGACAUGUAUGUUGAAGCAGGGAACGACCGUCUCGAUAGAGAUGAAACUCAAACCUACCAGAACUAUUACAAACUUAGUCAAUGAGGUGAACGCGAUUAUUGCCGGUGUGCCUUUGCCCUUCAUAGGAGUUGAUGGAAUGAAUGCCUGUGACAAUAUAUACAAUCCUGAUGGUAGCAAAGUAGGGUGUCCACUGAAAGAAGGUGUCGAAUACGUCUACAAGAACAGUUUCCCCGUAUUGGCGUUUUAUCCCAGGGUUUCACUGACGGUGCAUUACGCAUUGCGAGAAGGAAAUGACAGAGUUAUAUGUUUCCAGAUACCAGCGAAAAUUACAAAAUAAACUGUCUCGUUGCCAACUUCGACAAAUUAUAAUUAAAAGUCACAUGUUUGCAUGAUAUAGCGACUCGAGCUUACAUAAUUUAAUUCACCGAUGCAUCAGCAUCGUAUGCGAAAUAAUCUAUUCAACGUGAAAUAGGUACCUGGUGUUGUGAUGUGUACAUAAAACAUUUUAAUAAAUUACUUAUAUAUUCUUCGAA